AUGAGUACCUGCGAUAGUCUGGGGAGUAGCGGCGCCAAAGUGGAGGGCGCGGGGAGCGAGCAGAAGGGGGAGUGCCCCGCGCAGGAGGAACACCAUGGGGUGGUGGAGGCCCACCAAGGGGGGGUAGAAGCCAACGAAGGAGAAGCCCACAAUGGGGUGGUGGAAGCCCACCAAGGGGGGGUAGAAGCCAACCAAGGGGAUGGAGAAGCCCACCAAGGGGAUGUCGAAACCAACCAAGGGGAUGUCGAAACCAACCCGGGGGAGGCCAAGCCAAGCCACCUGGACGACGACGUGAACAUUAACCGAAUCAUCGAGCGCCUCUCAAAGGAAGACCCGGAGUCCCUAGCCAAAAUAUACAGCCUAAUGAAGAAUAACAACUGCCUUAAUUUCUACCCCCUACUGACUCCCUUUCACAAUAUAAAAAAAAUCGUAGACAUCCUGAUUGCGGAAAAUUAUGAGCACGAAAAUACCUGGUGUGUCCACUGUGAUGGUCUGUUCAUCUGCCAGCUGCUGUACGAGGGGUUCAUCCCCGUGGCGAGCAAACAGAAGGUAUGUAAAUUAGAACAUAAUCAAACGAAGGUGGUGAAAGAGUGCCUGCUCAUCCCCAAAAUACACUACGUUAGGUCCUGUAUGCACCCUAGUGAAAUACACAUUUCUAGGAAGGUAAAAAAAAAAUGCAGAGGUUACUACAUCACCGUGGACAGAGAUUUCGAUGGGGUCCUCCAAGGCAUUGUGGAAAAGCAUGGGCAGAAUUGGCUCUACCCAUUUGUGCAAAAGGAAUUUAAAAAAAUUUUUGAAAAAAAAAUUACCUAUAAGAAUGUACGCAUGCAUUCGGUGGAGGUAUGGUGUGACGACUUCUUAGCCGCAGGAGAGAUUGGAUGCACCGUGGGUUCGAUUUACACCAGCCUCACAGGAUUCCAGAGGAAGAAUUCUGCUGGCACCAUUCAGCUGUGUGCUCUGGCCAAGCUUCUACAGCACCAGCAGUUUGAUUUGUGGGACUUGGGGAUGCUCCUCCCUUAUAAGAAAACCAUCGGCUCUAAGGAAAUCUCCAUGAGGGACUUCUUCAAAAUGCACCGCCGCUUUAAACACCAGAGCGCGCACUUCCGCGUCCCCUUCCAGGAGAGGCUCAACUGCGCCGUCCUUAUCACCGGCGCGCCGGAGGGAGGACCAGAGGUAGGACCAGAAGGAGGCCAAGAAGGAGGUCAAGAAGCAGGACCAGAGGUUCGCCCAGAAGGGCACUCCGAGUAG